UUAGCGUUACCUGAGCAGAGAAGGGCAAGAAUGUUUUAGAGCAAUUAGGAGAACCACUCCAUUCUAUUAGUUGUGGCAUGAAUUUCUGCCAGUUGUUUGACAAGGGUCGGUCUCGCCUCUUGUAAUGGUGUUUCACUUUGGUGUGUCUGCUAUGUGCCAUUGUUCAGGAAAUUGAAUAUUGAUAAGACCAAGUAUUGGGGUGGAGUGGGAAAGCUGAGCAAGAAAAGACGACCAAGUUGUCUGUCAGGAAACUGGGGAAAACAACAAGUGUUGAUUCAUCAUGGAAAGCCUGCCUCCACAACAGCAGCAGCAGCAGCAACAGCAGCAACAACAACAACAGCAAUCAUCAGGGCCAACUGGUGCAUCUAGCUUGAGUGGCUCGAGAAUGCUAACGACAAUCAGCGAGCAGUCGCAGCUUCUCAGCCCCAAGAAUCUCAUGGCCUUACAGCAAGGUCAAAGCCAGAUUGAAUACCAAAAUGAAGGCUCAAAGCCAUUGACCACAGGUGUUUCCAUGGAUGGCAAUGAGGAGCCAGGGAAACGGUCCAUGAGCUUUUCGAGCUCUCGAAUCAGUCUCCCUCGAGCCAUGACUUCCUCUUCGGCCAAGAGGAGGAAUUAUCAAAGGUCGCACACUUUGAGCACGGCUCCAUUGGGUACGGCUCCUAGUGGAGCAACGAGCUCGGUUUCAACCACCCCCAGGCAUUCUUUGAAGUCUCCCCGGUACUUAAGCGUGUCCUUUAAUGACGACAAUGAGGCUGCUGGGUUGAGGAAUCCCUCCCUUUCCAUUCACUCAAUUCCAGCUGGCGGUGUAGUUAGUGGUCCUGCAGCCGCAGCAGCCGCAGCUGUCACAGCCGCUGGACCCCCUGGGCCACACCCUCAGCUGUCCAGCGAACCCUCUUCACCCACCCCAACGGCUACAACUCUGGCCAACAUGUCUAAGAAGAGUCUUGAUGGCGACGCCUCCAUUGCUCUGGUGGGCGUCCAUUCUGAGUUCCCAAAGUACCCUGACGACAAGAAUGGCAAGGACAAGUCAAACGUCGGAUACAGGAUCACUCCAAAAUCUGGUCUCUCUCAUCGUCUGGGACGCCGGAAAGCGCUAUUCGAGAAGCGAAAACGCAUCAGUGAUUAUGCCUUGGUCAUGGGCAUGUUUGGCAUCAUUGUCAUGGUCAUUGAGAAUGAACUCUCGUCUGCUGGAGUCUACUCAAAGGAGGACUUCUACUCAACGGCUUUGAAAACCCUCAUCUCAGUUUCGACCGUGGUGCUUUUGGGUCUCAUAGCUGCUUACCACUCCCUCGAAAUUCAGCUGUUCAUGAUUGACAAUUGCGCGGAUGACUGGCGUAUCGCCAUGACCUGGCAGCGGAUGGUUCAAAUCAUGAUUGAGAUGCUUAUCUGUGCCGUCCAUCCAAUCCCUGGAAGAUACUAUUUCUUGUGGACCACCAAGCUCUCCAAUCACGGAGGAAAGAUUGGAUCCCAAUGGGUUCCCGUUGAUGUCACACUCUCGCUCCCGAUGUUCUUCCGGCUCUACUUAAUAUGCAGGGUGAUGCUGCUUCAUUCGAAGCUCUUCACUGAUGCUAGUUCAAGAAGCAUUGGAGCCUUGAAUCGAAUCAAUUUCAACACUCGGUUUGUGCUCAAAACACUGAUGACAAUAUGUCCAGGAACGGUGCUACUCGUCUUCAUGGUGUCCUUGUGGAUCAUUGCCAGCUGGACAUUGCGGCAAUGUGAAAGAUAUCACGAUGAAGAACACGCAAAUCUGCUCAAUACAAUGUGGCUGAUAGCCAUCACAUUUCUGAGUGUAGGCUAUGGUGAUAUAGUGCCUAAUACCUACUGUGGUAGAGGCAUUGCUGUGACUACGGGCAUGAUGGGUGCCGGUUGCACGGCUUUGCUUGUGGCUGUGGUUUCAAGAAAGCUGGAGUUGACACGGGCUGAAAAGCAUGUUCAUAACUUUAUGAUGGAUACUCAAUUGACCAAAAGGCUGAAAAACGCUGCUGCCAAUGUUCUCCGAGAGACGUGGCUCAUCUACAAACAUACCAAACUGGUGAAGCGGGUCAGCCCGUCCAGGGUUCGGACCCAUCAGAGAAAGUUUCUCCUUGCAAUAUAUGCAUUGCGAAAGGUAAAAAUGGACCAACGUAAACUGAUGGAUAAUGCCAGCACCAUCACUGACAUGGCCAAGACCCAAAACAACGUCUACGAGAUUUUGUCGGAUGUGAACAGUCGGCAAGAUAUCAUGGAUGAGAGGAUUGCCAAUCUGGAAGAUCGUAUGAGCACCAUUCAAUGCUCACUAGAUGUCCUUCCAGAUUUAUUGACCAGGUGUAUGCAACAGCAAUUUGAUCAAUUCAGUGCGGGACAUGGAAGCACGGGUGGAGCCGGGGGAAGUGCCCCCAACCCAUCACCGGGCCAACCUUUGCCUCAACUCCGAAAGUUUGCCAACAAUCCCAGCUCUACCGCCCAUCACAAUUCCAGCUCUGCCACGCCUACUACGGUCGCCCACAAUCCCACGUCCGGACCAGCCGCACCUCCAUAUCAAGAGGUCGAUUUCUUUGCAGACAACUUUGUUCAAGCUCCAGUCAACCCAGGCGUUGAUCAUAAUAAUCCCAGCCAGCCUUGGCUUCCAAAGACUGCGACGGGAGCGGCCGGCUGGUCCAAUCCCACUGGCAACGCCCCAGCCACGACUCGACCUUUUUCCACGGGCACGGCGAGUGCGGGAGGCCCGUCGUCACUCACUUCACCCCAGCCGUUAGGUUUGGCCCACCCUUCGCCUUCUCCCACGGGUGCAGCCAAAGGGGGGCAAGGGGGAGUCCUGCUCCCGACCAGCUAUUCUCAGCAACAAAUCGAUAACUAUCAGGGCAAGCGGCUUGCCGCCGCGCCUGCCCCCACUGCUACUACGAUUACCACGCCCUCGUCAGCUAUUCUCUCCUCUACGCCGUCCUCCAUGCCCCUCCAACCCACGCCCCUCGCCAAGGGCCCGACCAGUGUCUCCAAAAGUGGACGACCAGAUACGUUUUCCUCCAGCUGAAGGCGGCCUUCGCUCGUGUCCAGUUCAUCACCGCCCCCGUUGUUCGCAAACCCUCGCGAGGGUCAGGCUCGAAAUGCCAACACUGCCUCCCUCCAUGUUGCCAAGGACAAGGACGUGUCUCUCCGUGACAUGAUCCCUCUGGAGAAGGUCGGAAACCCGAUUGCCCAGAAGGAAGAUGAGCAGCCCCUGGCAUCACAAGUCUCGGAGGUUUCCCAACCUCUGGGUGCCCAACCUCUCUCUGAGAGAGAUCAAUUGAAUGCCGUGAUCCUAGCCUCGUCUCCCACUUCGCCACCUCCUUCCCCUAUGAGGCGAGUGUUCAAGUCCACCGCCGUCUAGUUCGAUCACUAUGAUGUUCACUGGGCGACAGCGAAGGAGACCUUUUGAAUGCCACUUUUGACGUAUGAUGACCGCGUGCUUUUGACAGUGACCGAAGGAUAUUCCAAAAUCAGUUUCCAUUUCAGUUCCCAAAUCAGUUUGAUGUAGGGCAGAUUUCCCGCUUUCUCUAGAAUCUUGAUUGUGCUCUCCGCGCGUCUCGUUUUUAGCGCGAUAGUGUCCAUUUCCUAGCCCAAGAUAUCAAUCAUUCAGAUCUAUUCCGAAACCAGGUGAUUCAUGCAGCCAAAAAUCAUGUCCAUGGCCGAUCAACUCUGCUAAGUAGAACUUUGAACCAUAUUACUUUAAAAAGAACGAGUCCUCACUAACCUUUCAUGUGCCCUUUCUCCGAUGGCCUUGUUUUACCAAGUCUAGUCCAAGAAUUUACGUGAUACUUUUAAGUGACAAAUGUGGCCGAAUUUGUUGGAUCCCUUUGGAAAGAGAAAAAAAAUUGGUGCACACACGUAGUUAUGAAGGAUGAAAAGCCAAUCCAUCAAAUCAUCAACCUCGUCUCCAUCCUCAUAAUCAAGAAAGUCCACUGACACCAUUACCAUCAGAAUUACCACCACCACCAACACAACCUCCAUCACCACCACCACUUCUACUACCAUCACCAUUGGAACUCCUCUGAUAGAACGAAAUUUUUAGACUGCUAUAUAAGUAUUUAUGCAUCUGAUAUCUUGGGUGCUACUUGUCAUAGAUGAGAACUUGAAUCUCCCUUGGUCUUGCGGAACGAGUUAGGACAGUCCUGGAGGUUCAAACGUUUCGAUAAUUUCAUAAACGGCAUAAUCAUGCUGACCAUCAUCAUCAUCAUUAUCAUCACCAAGGCAUGUUGAAGACGUGUUUCCCAGUCUACGUACUUGAUCUAUUACCGCUAGUAACAUUAUCAUUACGAUGCUUGCAUAGAAACACUAUGUCUCUAUGAUUCUCUUCCUCGCAUUCUUUCCAUUUUCUGAUGUACCAACAAUCACACUCACUCUCCGCUUGGGGAAUGCCCCGAAAAAAAUACCACCCAAAAAAUACCACGAUAAAUGUGUGCAUCGUCGUGAGAUCGACUUUAUUAUUCCAAUGUGACACGAAGAUAUAAAAAAGAGCAAGAUAUCAAUUCAAAUAUUUUAUGAGAUUGUUGAAAUCCAAGCAUUCCUUGAUCCAGAA